AUGAAUGAUACACGUUGUACCGUACAAAUUUAUUUCAAAAAUUUCAUUGUUAUUCCUUUCACCGGCAUUUGCGUAAUUACGUCUUACAUUAAAAUGACAGAAGAACUCGAUUGCUCUACACACCAUGUAAAUUUAUUACAUAAAGCUGUGGCCGAUGACGACAUUGAAGAAGUACAAAAUCUUUUGGAUCUCGGAGAAGACAUUAACGCUGUUUGUCACUAUCCAUUAACUUUUACUAAAAAAAAAUAUGGCGUGUUUAAGACAAAUACCAACUGUACUCCGUUACACCUCGCAGUAUCGCAAAACAACAAAAAAAUUGUAGAACUGCUUUUAUUAAACAAGGCAGUUGUAGAUAUAGAAGCUAAUAGUCAAGAUUCAGAAGAGGAGUCAUCAAUAAUUGAAAUGUAUUUCACUCGAAACCCCUUGUUGCUGGCAAUCGCCAACAGAAAUGAAGAUAAAAACGGUGCAGACGUAAAUUAUAAAUCAUCAUAUGGAGAAACUGCUCUUGGAUUAAGCCUUGAAAUAAAUGACCAACAACUCACCGAAAUUAUAUUAAACGCAGGUGCGGAUUGUAAGGUACAUUAA